GGGUCAUCGGCCGGGCGGGCUGCGCUCCCUCCUCUUCCUGGGUUAAUGAUUGCCGAGGCGGCGCCACGCGGGAUGGGUGGCGGGCGCUGCCUCUCCCAGCCGCCGGCCCCAGGGCCUGGCCACCAGCCCAGCCUUUGCUUGCGCAUGGUCCACCAUGGUGGAGGUGACGGUGACGCCGCAGUCCUCGCUGGCCGACCGGGCGGUGCAGGUGGUGGUGCGGGGGCUGUCCCCCUCGCAGCUGGUCACCCUGCGCGCCUGGCUGACGGACGAGCACGGCGAGCGCUUCCAAGCGCGCGCCUUCUACCGCGCCGACGAGGCGGGCGAGGUGGACGCCGCCAGGCACGCUGCCCUGGGGGGCAACUACGCCGGCGUCUGGCCCAUGGGGCUCUUCUGGUUCCUGCAGCCCGACAGCCUCUUCCGACGGCUGGUGAAGCGCGACGUGGUGGGCAGCCCCUUCCUCGUCCACCUGGAGGUCUUUGACGGCCUCUGCCUGGUGACGGGGCCGCAGGACGAGCCGCUGGCCGCCUGCACGGCCGAGCGGUGGUACGUGGGCCCCGGCGUGCAGCGGGUGCCCGUCCGGGAGGGACGGGUCCGGGGGGCCCUGCUGCUGCCACCAGGGCCUGGUCCCUUCCCGGCGGUGAUUGACCUGUUUGGAGGCGCGGGCGGCCUCAUCGAGUUCCGGGCCGGGCUGCUGGCCAGCCGGGGCUUUGCGGUGCUGGCGCUGGCCUUCUUCGCCUACGAGGACCUGCCCCGCACCCUCACCCAGCUGGACCUGGAGUACUUCGAGGAGGCGGCCAACCUGCUCCUCCGGCACCCCAAGGUGCGAGGCCCGGGCCUGGGCGUCGUCGGCGUGUCCAAAGGGGCCGAGGUGGCCCUGGCCAUGGCCACCUUCCUCCCGCAAGUGGUGGCCACGGUGUGGAUCAACGGCACAGCCUUCCUGCACGGCAACCCGCUGCUCUACAAGGGCCUCCGCAUCCCCCCCAUCCCCUACCACACCGAGCGCAUGCUCUUCACCGAGCUGGGCGCCAUGGACAACUCGGCCAUCUUCGCCGACCCGCGGGACCCCGCCUGCAGCGCCUCGGCCAUCCCGGUGGAGAAGAUCCAGGGGAAGGUCCUCUUCGUGGUGGGGGAGGCCGACCGCAGCUUCAACAGCAAGCUCUUCGCCCAGCUGGCCACCGCGCGCAUGCGGCAGGACGGCUACCGCCUGCUGUCCUACCCGGGGGCCGGGCACCUCAUCGAGCCCCCCGGCUCGCCCCUCUGCAGCGUCUCCAGCCUGCGGGGCAGCCCCCGGCCUGUGGUGUGGGGCGGGGAGCCCCAGCCCCACGCCAAGGCGCAGGAGCACUCGUGGCAGGAGAUCGUCCAGUUCCUGGAGCUGCACUUGGGCCCCGCCGCCUCCAUCAAGCUGUGAGCCCCACAAUAAAGGCGCCCUGGGCACCGACCCUGGGCCUGUGCCGCCCCCCCCCUGCUGCUGCUGACAGAGCACUGCGCUGCUGCCGUGGCUUGUUAAGGCUUAAUGAGGCUGAUAGCAGAGCAGCCGUGGCUCAGCCCUUUGCCCUGGGUGUGGGUGGGAGUUCGGGUCUGUUGGAAAGGGAUGUUUCCCCAGGCCAUGCUCAGAAAGCUGUCUGGUGGACAGCAGAAAGGGGCAGGGGCGUCUGCUGCUCUGUGCCCACAAAAAAAAACCAAAGCCUUCCAAAAAAAGG